AUGGCUCGUUAUUACAUUGUCGCUGGCUUGGCUACCUCCCUCCUUGUGGCUUCGGCAGCUGCUGAUCCUUGGCCCAAGAGAGGUCUGGCUGCCAAUGACGAUGUUCCUGUUUGGCAGUUUGGCGGUUCGUGGAACGGUCACAAUUCUCAGGUGAACUGGCAGUAUAAUUGGGAUAGUACCACUAGCCAGAAACAACCUUGGGCUGAAUUCGUCCCAAUGCUUUGGGGUACGUCAAGCGACCAUACCUCCCAAUGGUUUGACCAUGCCUGGUACUGGCUUAAUAACGGUGGUUCGGGCCAUCUGCUCGCCUUCAAUGAGCCUGAGCAGUCGGGUCAGUCCAACCUCACGCCCCAACAGGCUGCUGACGCUUGGCGAACGUACAUGGAGCCGUUCGCUGGCCAUGCUCAGCUUGGUGCUCCCUCUGUCUCGAAUGACGGUUAUGAAUGGCUGUCUGAGUUUCUGCAAGCAUGCAGCAACUGCCACAUUGACUUUGUCCCAAUCCAUUGGUAUAACGACCACACUCUGGAAUUCGAUCUUGAGAACUGGGUCAACCGGAUUUGCUCCCUAACAGGCCGCCAAGUUUGGGUCACUGAGUUCCAAGGCUUCGGCUCGCCCGACGACCAGAGCAACUUUUUGCGCUCGGCCAUCCCCUUUCUCGACAAUAACCCCUGCGUCUACAGAUAUGCAUACUUUGGAACUGCCGAUAACUCCAAGGUCCUCUUAAACAACGGUGGCCCUUCACUUUCACCUUUGGGUGUACAGUAUGCCUUCAGCCCUUAUGGUAAUGGUAACGGCCCCAACUAA